UGGGGCAGAGAAGGGCUGGCGAGCCUGGACCCUGCUGUCCCGUGGAGGCACUCUCUGGCCAGGAUACCAGACGUGGUCUGAAGCCCUGCAGGGCUGGAGGCUGCACAACCCCUGGGUGGCAAAGGACACCUGUCUAUCACAGCCAUGUAAGUAGCUAUGUUCCUCCCCACCCCAGAUCCUGAAGAGGCCACUGCACUGGCCCAAGCCAGUAGGCCCUCCAGAGUGUGCGUGAAAUGGCCCACACCUCACUGCGACAUCGCAUGUGGUAGCUGAUCCUUCUUGCUGGGGGAACCCAGGGCUCUCUUGAGGGAAGGCCUGGGAGUACAUCUCAGACCAAGUUUAGGGCAUGCCAGCUGCCACUCCCACGUUCUCUCGUCCCAAGGCCCAUGAUGACACCCAACAGCACUGGCGAAGUGCCUGGCCCCAUUCCCACAGGAGCCCUAGGGCUCUCCCUGGCCCUGGGCAGCCUCAUCGUUGCCGCCAACCUUCUCCUGGGCCUGGGCAUCGCCUGGGACCGCCGCCUGCGCAGCCCACCUGCUGGCUGCUUCUUCCUGAGCCUGCUGCUGGCUGGGCUGCUCACAGGGCUGGCACUACCCAUACUGCCAGGGCUGUGGAGCUGGAAACGCUGGAGCUACUGGUCCUGCCUCCUCCUCUACUUGACCCCCAACUUCUCCUUCCUCUCUCUGCUCGCCAACCUGCUGCUGGUGCACGGGGAACGCUAUGUGACAGUGCUGCGGCCACUGCGGCCCCAGGGAAGCACGCGGCUGGCCCUGCUCCUCACCUGGGCGAGCCCCCUGCUCUUUGCCAGCCUGCCUGCACUGGGUUGGAACCACUGGACCCCUGGUGCCAACUGCAGCUCUCGGACUAUCUUCCCAGGCCCCUACCUCUACCUCGAAGUCUACGGGCUCUUGCUCCCUGCGGUGGGGGCUGCUGCCCUGCUCUCCAUCCGAGUGCUAGUCACUGCCCACCGCCAGCUGCAGGACAUCCGCCGGCUCGAGCGGGCAGUGUGCCGUGACGCGCCCUCUGCCCUGGCCCGGACCCUCACCUGGAGGCAGGCCAGGGCCCAGGCUGGGGCCACACUGCUCUUCGGGCUGUGCUGGGGGCCUUAUGUGGCCACCUUGCUCCUGUCCAUCCAGGCCUAUGAGAGGCGCCCACCCCUGGGGCCUGGAACUCUGUUGUCCUUUAUCUCACUGGGCUGUGCCAGUGCAGCAGCCGUGCCUGUGGCCAUGGGCCUAGGUGACCAGCGCUAUACAGCCCCCUGGAGGGCAGCUGCCCAAAGGUGGCUAAGGGUGCUGCGUGGAAGAGCCUCGAGGGACAGUUCUGGCCCCAGCACUGCCUACCACACCAGCAGCCAAAGCAGUGCAGACAUGGACCUGACCUAGUGGAGGAGCUGCUGCUGAUUCCUAGAUCUGUCCAUCUCAGGGCCUUUCCCAGGCCCUCACCUCUGGGAUCAGACUGCGC